GACAUCAGUAUGGACACAACACAAAACGAUAGUAUUACAGAGAACAGUAAUCCAGAGGUGCAGCAAGGUGAUCUGGAACAGCAGCAGAUACUGUUGGAGGGAACAGAUAAGAGCACUAGACCGACACUCUCAGAGUUCAAAAAGUCCUGGGGCUUCAGGCGGACAACCAUUGCAAGGAGAGAGUUCAUGGAAGAGAUGACAGACAUAGACACCAGUCCUUCACCUGUGCGCAGAAGCAGAGGUCGCCGAGCCAAGCAGACUCCCCAGACCGCCCCAGACACCCAGACCACCCAGAGAACUACUCGUUCAAGUAAGAGUGUUAUAGAUGACCUAGAAUGGUCUGCGCCUUCGUCGCCUGUGUUAAUGGACACCGAAACAACCCCAGAAACCAGCACAGGAGGUACCCUUGACCCCAGCCUAUGGCAGGAUUUCGGGUCUGCUUUCCAUACUGCCUUUUCGCUGCUUGGUGCGAAGGAAUGUGCGUCCACAGACAUGCCUGAUGCGCUGGCAGCCUCUGACAGUUUGGAGGCCAAUGAUGACACAGAGGCCCCUGCAAAUGAAGACAAAACUGACGGAAUGGAAGCUCCUGACCGUUUGGAAGCUCCUGCUGAAGUGGACAUCGCAGAACCUAUUGACAUUCCCAUUACUGAUAUCGACAUAGAAGAAAGUGACAAUAUCCUGGUCAUCUCUAGCAGAGAUGAGGAUACUGAGGAGUUGACAGUGAUGGAGAUUAAGGAGACACAGGCGUCCAAAAGAAGACAGACGGACACUAGAAGUCGUGGGGUCAAAGGGGGAAGAGGAAAGGCCAAGCGGAAGGGCAGAGGGAGAGGAAGGGCUAGGGGAAGAGGUAGAGGAAAGGGGCGUGGGAGGGGCAGGGCUACAGAGCCGGAGUCCAGCACUGCAGAUGAUGAAGAGGAUGAUGAUGAGGUGGUGUUUGUUAGUCAGACAGCGCAGCCACAGUUGCCAGAGACAGAAAAGGAGAGUAGUCCAGAAAGGGGAGCAGCAAUGGAGAUGUCUCGGAGUCAAUCUCCACUUCCAAUAACCAAAUGCAUUAUCCUAGAUAAUGACUUAGAACAGACUGCUGAAGGAGCACCAGGUCAGUAUGAUGACGCACCACAGGAAAAGGAGGAGGAUAAGAAUACAGCGUAUUCAAGCAUAUCAGAUAGUGAAGGCUAUGACCCCGACGCUCUAUACUGCAUCUGUCGACAAAAACACAAUAAAAGGUUCAUGAUCUCCUGUGACAGUUGCCAGGAGUGGUUCCAUGGGGAUUGUGUUGGCGUCACUGAGGUGCAGGGCCGUAAGAUGGAGAAGAUGGGGCAAGAGUACAUCUGUCCCUGCUGUGUCACUAAGAAACACAACCAGCUCCAACCCAACCCUCAACCACAGCCAGAGCCUGAUCUGAGAACGUCUGACACCAUCCAAGAACGUCUGACACCAUCCCCUCCUGGUAAAGAGGAGGAGGAAACCGAAAAGCAGCAGGCUAGCAAGGAGGCUGUGGUGGAAGAAAAGGAGGCGGAAUCCAAGAUGCAGACAGACGGUUCCCUUCCCCUUUGUAUUGGUCCUGGGUGCCCCAAACACGCAUUACCAGACUCUGUUUACUGUGGCACUGACUGCAUCCUCCAGCAUGCAGCCCUCACAAUGAAGUCACUUUCUACUCCCAAGGAGCCCAAGUCCAGAGGACGACAGCAGAGGAAAACUGCCACCUCCAAACUCACCACAAAGGUUCAGAGGUCGGUUAAGGUGUCUGAGAGGUCAGCGGACCAACCUGAGGAAGAGUGUGAAGAGCAGAGGAAAGGUUAUGGAAGGGAGGAGGAGGCGACGUCUCCCUCAGCCUGCGACCCCUGUCUCACGGCAGCUCAGGCACCUUCCAAACCAUCAUCUAACUUAAGCACAGCGUUGGAUAAAGACAGUGAAGAGGUGAAGGAUAAGCCCGAGCCUGUAGCUCCUCUAAACCAGUCUCCUGAGGAGCCUUCGACAGAAACUUCUCCCUCAUCUGAGCCUGUCACUGAGCUGUCCCCACUUGUGGGAAGUACUCAAAACAAAGCAAAGAAGUCAUCUAAAAGUGAUGGUGCCUUAAAGAAACACACCUCCCCCUCCUCUAAACAUCAUGAAACAGGGGCUCUUAUGGUCACCAAAACCUCAUUUGUCAUACCCAAGAAACAGCUUGGACCUCCGCCCAACACCGCGUCAGCCUGUCCCUCAGGCUCUCAACCCUCUUCAACCCCUACGCUGCUGAAUGAACCAAGGAACCUGCCUGUGUCUCCAGCACCCAUUGCUCCUUCCUCACGACCCUCUCAGCCCAAUAACCAGGUCAGGCAGAGCAUCCAGCGCUCUCUCACCAGCAUCCUGUACAAAAGGGUGUGUGACUGUGACGAUUUGGACGUGUCUGAAAGUGACGUUGGAAAGCUUGUCACAAGCAUUGAGAUGGAGAUGUUUGACAUAUUUCGCAACACAGACAGCAAAUACAUGAACAAGUACAGAACUAUUAUGUUCAAUUUGAAAGACCCCAGAAACAAGGGCUUGUUGUAUCGGGUCAUGCGUGGAGAAAUCAGUCCUUUCAGGCUGGCCCGGAUGAGCCAAAAGGACAUGCAGGCCACCAAAGUGCCUGAACCAAGUCCAAAGCAAACAGCUGAGGCUAAAGACACAGCUGCCAAAGCUCCGUGUUUACUGCAGAAGCCUGAAGCAGUGAAGGUUGACCUGCCCAGUUUGAGCUUGAAUCCCACUAGAUCUGACAGAAACACGGAACAGAAGAGAAAUCUUCUUCCUGUUUUUAAGACCAGGCCACACCAGCCAAGCCAGAGCAGCUCCAUGCCAGAUAUUCUCAGCUGUGUGCUGAAAGACACAACAUCCGAGCACAAAGCUCAUCUCUUUGACCUGAAAUGCAAGAUAUGCACAGGUCAAAUACCAGCUGCGGAGGAGGAGGAACCAGUACAGAAGAAAGCCAAGGUUUCUGAAUCAAGAGAUAAGCGUGACUAUGGCCAGUCCUGUUAUACUAAUACUUCAGAAUGCUCAUGGAGAGGAUCUGCUGGAGAUGAAUCCCCUCUGCGUGCACCCCCUGACUCGCCUGCCAUGGAUUCUUCUACUUCUUCCCUAAUGGAGUCCUCAUCCUGCCUCAUCAUUGAUGCUCCAGCUUUGACCAUAGUGGAAUCUCCUGCGUCCCCAGUACAAGAUUCUCCAGCCUCCCCUAUUUUAGAGUCCCCUGCUUCUCCUGUGAUGGAGUCUCCUGCAUCCCCAACAUCAGACUCCCUUACAGCUAAGACGCAAAUAAGAUCUUAUACACCAGUAAUGAUUCCUGCAGUCUCCACAGUCACCAUCACAAGGCGUGAUCCCCGAACCGCAGCAAACAGAUCCUCUGCACUGUCUACUGACACUUCUGGCCCCAGUAACACAAUUCAGAACCAGCCAGCCAAUUACAUACCUGUCCAGGAGACUAGUUCAUCGCUGCCACUGCCACAACCAACUUCACUACCACCGCCAUCAGUGUUACCUAAAUCUAUCUUAAUGAAGCCAUCUUCGGUAGAUCCCAGACUCUAUGGUGCAUCUUCAAGGACCAUAAAUUCCCAUUCUCCAACUGAUGGAGAGACUGUCCAGUUUCUGGCCAAGCAAGACAUACUGUGGAAAGGCUUCUUAAACAUGAUGAGUGUAGCCAAGUUUGUCACCAAGGCAUAUCUUGUCUCAGGAUCUCCAGAAAACCUCAAAGCGGACCUACCUGAUACCAUACAAAUUGGUGGAAGAAUCAUGCCUCAAACAGUGUGGGACUAUGUUGCAAGACUAAAGACCUCUGUUACAAAGGAGCUGUGUGUGAUACGGUUCCACCCUGCAACAGAGGAGGAGGAGGUGGCCUAUGUCUCCCUGUUUUCCUACUUCAGCAGCCGAGGGCGUUUUGGUGUGGUAGCCAAUAAUAACCGCAGCAUCAAGGACGUAUACCUUGUUCCACUCAGUGCAAAGGAGGCUAUUCCAUCGAAAUUGCUACCUCUAGACGGACCAGGGCUUGAGAAAAACCGCCCAAAUCUACUUUUGGGGCUGGCAAUUACCCAGAAACCAAAACGUCCAGGAAACUUCCAACAAGAGGUUGAAGAGAAGAGACCCAAAGUUCACAUGUCAAAAGAUCCCAUGUGGAUACCGAAACCCCCAGUGCUCUAUGGUUCUGAUAAACUGGAGAUUUUCCAACCUUAUGACCCAGAGACCCCUAUAAGUGCUACAUGUCCUAGCUCUCCUCCUUCCGCUGGAUCACCAUCAGACUCAUCUUCCUCUGGCUCAAUAAAUGCACCAUCUGUUUUGGCUUCUACUAAAGCAACCCCUCCUAUUUCUACCUCAGUCACUGUUCCUUCCACACUAUCCACCUCAAAAGUCCCAUUUGACAAGAAUCCCCCCACUACAUCUGGUGAUAGCACUCCUCUUCAAACUAUCUUGAAGACCCUGUUUGGCAGUAAGCCCUCUGACUCUGAGGUCACUGCUGCAAGCAGCUCCACAAUAAAUACAGUUGGUGCUGGGAAGCUCCAAGGGCCUUCUCAAGCACCUCACCCCAUGGUGGAUCCAAUUGUCCAACAAUAUGGACAGAAAUCCAAAGUCAAAGAGAUAGAGGAAGAGGAAAAUGAGUAUGACCGACCCUAUGAUCCAGAGGAGGAAUAUAAUCCAGCAAUGGGAUACGGAAUGGUUGCAUCACUGAGUGAGGAAAAAAUUCAGACGGAUAACCCUGCACCAUCAACCUUUGAGGAAGAUGACGUGGCCUAUGAUCCUGAAGAUGAUACUAUCUUUGAGGAUAUACAUACUAAAAGUGGCACUGUUGUUGUCUCUGCUGCAACACUGACUGAACAGCAAAGGAUGCUUGAGGAGCUUAAUAAACAGAUUGAAGAGCAAAAACGUCAGUUGAAGGAGCAGGAAGAGGCACUACGUCAACAGAGAGAGGCUGUUGGCAUGUUCAUGGCUCAUUUUUCUGUUUCUGAUUCAUUGAUGUCUCCUCCAGCAAAAUCUCUCCCUCUACUCACAUCUCAGCAGACUGAUGUAGAGCAGUCAAGGGCAGAAGACACAGGCAGUCACCAAAGACACGAAGUCGUCGAGACCGGGACCGACGUGGAAGCUCUCCAAAAAGGUCACAGCAGCGUUCCCCUUCUCAUUCCCGGAGGCGAAAGGAAAAGGACAGACACAGGCGGAGUGAAAGAGACAGGUCAAAGCAUAGAGCUCGAGAUCAAGGGCACCAUCAUAGAGAGCGUAGCUCACGACGGCACUCUCGUGGACAGCCCAGAUCCAGAGCCACAGUUUGUAAAGCCCAGCAGCAUAGGAAAGAGUGACUUACAUAAUGUAGAGGAAGACAAAGAUCCUGCACCAAAUAUCAGCAGCUCAGUACCAAAUGCGAGAUCUGAUAGGAGAGGACCGGGAGGUCCAGACUUUAGGGGACCAGGGCCAGACAGGAGGGUUCUAGGCAUGAAAGGUCCAGGGCCUGAUAGGAGAGGACCAGGGGGUCUAGAUAUGGAAGGUUCAGUGCCAGAUAGAAAAGGACCAAGAGGUCCAGACUUCAGGGGACCUGUUCCUGAGAGACAAGGUCAGCAUACUGAAUGCCAAGGACCAAAUAGAGCAGGAGGUCCAGACUUCACAGGACCAGGGCCAGACAGGAGAGGACCAGGAGGGCCAGAUCUCAUGGGACCAUCACCAGCCGAGAGAGGAUCAGGAGGCCCAGAUUUCAUGGGACUCAGGCCAGACAGGAGAGGACCAGGAGGCCCAGAUUUCAUAGGACCAGGGCCAGAGAGGAGAGGACCAGGAUGUCCAGAUUUUAUGGGACCAGGGCCAGACAGGAGAGGACCAGGAGUUCUAGACUACACAGGACCUGGUCUUGAGAGACAAGGUCAACAUACUGAAGGCCCUGGACUUCACAGAAAAGGAGGUCCAGAUUUCAUGAGACCACAGCCAGACACGAGAGGACCAAAAGGCCCAGAUUUUGUGGGACCAGGGCAAGACAGGAGAGGACCUGGAGGUCCAGAUUUCAUGGGGCCAGGGACAGACAGGAGAGGACCAGGAGUUUCAGAUUACACAGGACCUGGUCCUGAGAGACAAUGUCAACUUACUGAAGGCCCUGGACCUCAUAGAACAGGAGGUCCGAAUUUCAUGGGCCCGUGGCCAGACAGGAGAGGGCCAGGAGGUCCAGACAUCAGAGGGCCAGGACCUGGAAGGAGGGGUCCAGAUACUGAAGGGCCAGGGCCAACUGGGAGAGAUCCACUAGGUCCAAACCCCAUGGGAUCAGAUCCAGAUAGAGGAGAAUCAGAUAUGGAGUGCCCUGGACCAAAUAGGCAAGGUCCAGACUUUGUGGGACCAGGGCCAGGUAGGAGGGGAUCAGGAGGUCCUGAUUUCAUGGGACCUGGGCCAAAUAGGAGAAGACCAGGAGAUCCAGACUUAAGGGGUCCCAGACCAGAUAGGGGAGGACAUGGAGUUCCAAACUUCAGUGGGCUAGGACCUGAGAGAAGUGGACCUGGAGGUCCAGACUUUAGGGCAACAGGGCCAGAUAGGAGAGAACUAGAAGGUCCCGCUGGCAGGGGUCCAGGACCAGAGAGGAUAAUUCCAGAUAUUGAAGGCCCUCGACCUUAUAGAAGAGGAUCAAGAGGUCCAGACUUCAAAGACCCAGGCAUUAAAAGAGGUACAAACUUAGAAGGCCCUGUGAAUAAUAGAAGAGGCCCACAAGAGGAAUGGGGAAUAGAAGAAUUUGAUGGGCUGGGGCCUAUCUGGGAUCAGGGUCAGAGGCCGCAUAGUGCAGGGCCUGGUAAUGAAUGGAGAGGGCCAGACUUCAGAACUAUUGGGCUAGAGAGAAGAGGUCCAGAAUUUAGGGGGUCGGGGCUGAAUAUAAGAGAAGGCCGAAAAAUGAGAGGACCAGGACCAGAGAUAAGCAGUCCAAAUACUGGAGAUGAAUGGGCAGAGCAAGGUUUCAGGGGCCCAGAGCCUGAUAGAAGAGGUCCAGUUAUGGAGGGACAGUGGUCUGAUAGAGGACGGGCAAAUAUGGAAGGUCCAGAAUCUGAAAGACAAGGCCCAGGAGAUGAAUACAGAAGGCCUGGCUUCAUGGGCCCAGGACCUAUCUUUAGAGGCCCAGAUAUGGAGGGCCCUGGGCACUGCAGGAGAGGCCCAGGAGAUGAAUGGAGAGGACCUGAUAGAGGUUGUCCUGAGCCAGAUAGGUGGGGACCAGGGCCAAAUUUCAGGAGGGAAAGACAUCCAAACAUGGGGGAACCAGGACUUGAUAGGACAGGUCUGGAUAUGAGAGGACCAGGGCCGGGUGAAGGUCAAAGACAACUAGACUGUAGGGGUCCAGGACCCAAUAGACGAGUUCAAAACAUGGAAGCCCAAAGAUCAGAUGAAAAAGAUCAUCGCAUGGGGGGUGAUUGGAAAGGGUUUGACAGGGAAUGCCAAGACCCAGAUAGAUUGGGGCCAGACUUCAGGCACAAUACAAGAGGGCCAAACAUUGAAGGUCCCAGGCCUGAUAGUAGAGGAUCAGAUUUUAGGAACCCCCAGUCCAACAGAAGAAGUUCAGAUAUGGAAGCCCCAGGCCUUGAAAGAAAAUGUUUUGGAGGUUCAGACUACAGGGGCCCAGGGUCUGAUAGGAGAGGUCCAGGUGUAAGAAAUGAAUGGAGUGGGCCAGAUAGUAGAGGACCUGGGCCUGAUAGAAGAGGACCAGACUUUAGAGGACUUGGAUCUGAAAGGUCUGGUCCAGAAAUAGAAUGCCCAGGACCAGGUAGGAGAGGACUUGAGCCAGAUUUUAGAGAGGAAGGGAGAGACCCAGAAGUUAGAGGACCCAGACCAGAACAAGAUGACUGGAGAGGGUUAGAUUUAAGGGGGUUAGGACCUGAAUGGAGACAUUUAAGCAGGGAUGGUCCUAGGCCUGAGAGGCGGGACCCAUACAUGGAGGCUGCUAGGUCUGACAGUAAAGGUCAAGAUAUGAUGGGCCCUAAGAUGGACACAAGGGGGCAUGAACCAGACUUCAUAAAAGACAUGCAAGAGUCAGAUUUUAGGGGUCCAGGUUCAGUCACAAGAGGCAAGGAACCAAGAUUGAGGGGUCGAAUGAUAGGUAAUGAAAGGAAGGGCCCAGAUAAUAGGGAACCAGAUUCAAAGCAUUCUGAUGUAUUAACAUCACCCCAUUUCAAUAAUCCAAGGAUGCCCUCACACAAUCAAAGCAGUUCAGAGUUUCAAACAGGUCAGCAAGCCACCAGAUUUCAAGGCCCUGGUGGUCCUCAUUCCUCACCAUUCAGCAGACCCAUGGGCCCAACUUCAGACAUGGGAGGUCAACCUCGCCUUCAUUUUGACAGCCCGAAUAUACCCCCAACAGUAAGACCAUUAAAACAUAAAGCACCUCUACUCCCUACUCCCACAGAAGGACUAAUUCGCUUGCCAAAUCGUAUAAUCAACUCCCAUGACGUCCCCAACAAAAAACAACAAAAAAGUAACUCACCAGAUAGUCAUGGAAGAGAGUGGAAUAGAGUGACAAGUAGGCCAGCAAGUAGGGAAAGAGACUUGGAUAAAGAAGUGGGAAGACAGGAGCAGGGUCAAACAAGUGGAGGACAUGGAAGCACACCUGUAGGUGUAAGUGCAGGACUUGUAGAGGUAAACAAGAAAGAGGACAAUGAAGUUGAUAAACAUAAAGGACAUUCACCCUGUGAGAUUUCUAAAACUAGUCAAACGACGAUAAAUAUUGGACAACCCGAGAGGGAGCCAAAGGAGAAACAGGCUAAGAAUGACAAUUCAGACAUCCCUCAGGACUGAGAAUAUCAUCAAGAAGAUAUGCUAUUGCUUUUUUUUUUUUUUUGGCAAGACAUGCCUGCAAGACAGUACUACAAACACUGAAUGUAUUUUGUGGAAAUUUGGUUAGUGAAUGUCCUUGAUUGAAAAGUCAUUUGGAACUACAGGCAAAGCCAUGCAAAAGAUCAUACUUUCUGCCUUGAUAUGCAAAUGAUGAAGGUAUUUGAGGUUAUUAGGAAUACCUUAGUUGUUUCAUUCUACAUACAUCCUUUUUUCAUUUGUCCAUUUGUGUUUGUUAUUCAGCAUUGAUGGUUAACCUUGUAAAUCUGUUUGAGCGUUUGUACAGAGCAAUAAAUAGAUUUUCUAUUUUCUAAACAUAGCCAUAGUGUCAGUACAGCAGCCCAGAGCUGGCUCACAUAUUUAAAUAAUCCACAGAGGAUAGAAUGUGAGCAGUCAAUAGAUUGAUUAGUAGGACUGAAAUCCCUGAAAUUUCUGCACUGCAAUUGACUAGAGUGGGGCUGUUCUUGGAGAUGACCACUAGAUGUUGCUAUGAAAUUACAACACAUUUUAAGUUGUGUACCUCGAACAUAGUUGAAUUAAGUUGGAAAUAAAC